AUGUUCGCCCGAAAGGGUAAAUCGUCGGAUGUGCAGGCGAGCAUCUCGCGAUUCACAGAUUUGAAUCGCGAUUGUGUCAGUCGGGUGAAACAUUUGAAAAUAUUGCUGGAUACGUUGACGACGAAUGAAAAGCGCCAACUUCUCGACGAGCACAGUUUCGAAACGUUUCAUUUGGUUGAUGAGCUUCUGUUGGCCAACGAUGUCUCCAGCCAAAUCGAUAGUGCAAUUGAAGCCGAAUCGGGGCUUUGGACGCUAGAACAAGUGCUCUGUUUGGCGCCAGAAUUGGUGGGAAGUGGAUGGCAACGUCACGCAAUCGAGUCGCUGUUGAAAAAGGCGGUUUAUCCGAAGAAUUUGAUGGCUGUGCGGAAAAUUGCGAUUCGACUGUUUUUGGUUUUUUAUCAGUGUUUGGGGGUUUAUGGAAAGGCGACGCCCGACUUGGAUAGAGUUUUUCAGUGUCUCCUCCCAUUCUUCCCUCUGAAAUCCGGCGAAAACGCAGAAGACGUCCUCAAUGAGUACUGUCAAUCGUCGGGAACCGGUGAUUGGGUGGAACGUCUUCGAAAUGGACCCAUCAAAUCGACGGCGUCCCCUUCGCAGACGUCUAAGGAGCGUGCCCAGAUGCUUCAAGUGUAUUUGGACAAAUUUCUGGAGUACUGUACUCGUGAGACAGUAAGAAUCGAGUGGAAUGAUGAGGGAAAACGACAGGAAUGCGCCAAUUUUAUCAUUGAUAAAGUCAUCAAACUGUACAUGGGCGAAUGUUUCACGGAGCUCGAAACCAAUGGAGUCGAUGUAUUCGGUGGAUGGGAAGGAGCCGAUGAGCAAGGAGAACCACUGGAUACGGCUGAUCCAGUGGUGAUCGCGCGAUAUUGGUUGAUCCGAUGGAUCAAUAAUAUCGCAUCGGCCACACAUCAACCAGCUAAUAAUGUGCCACAAUCGGCACAAUCCUCGCUGAUUCUAUAUCGAAAUGCACUGUUUUCGUCGCAUAAGGCCACCAACGUCGCUCUGACGCUAAUGCGUGAAGCGAUGAAACUUCCGCUAGCAUGCUCGAAUGUGACUCAUAAAGUGGUCAACGUGCUCUCCGCCUGGCUUCUACAGUACGAAAUUCCACCGUUCGUCGCGUCUGGAGAGGUCUCGAUAGAGCGAUGUUCACUUCUGCUGGCCAAUAUUCUACUCUCUUUCUUUCAUAGUCCCUAUCUGUCGCAGUGUGGGGAGAGACACUCCUCGGCGAUUUCCAUCGCUUUCGCCAUCCUAACCUCUUGCAAACAGCUGGUCUCUCAUCGAAUUCAACUCCCGAAACCGCUUCCCCAGAAAUUUUGGUCCGAAUUGAUGGCCGGUCUGUGCGCGGUCGCCUCGAAGAUCUGCCAUCAAUCGGACGUCUUCUCACAGCACGUCUCCGCCGCAUUCACCUCUACAUUGAUUUCCAAUGUGGUUAUUAUCAAGGCCGUGCGCCGCAUCGAAAUCGACGAUGACGUUUGGGAUGAGGUGCAUGAGGUGAUGAAACGAGGCGUCUGGAUACCGAUGGCUGAGCAAUGGGCGGCGAUAGUGAACAGUGUCACCCGAGCCCUGGUCCUUCAUCUAGCCCAUAUUGACAUAUUUUCUCGUGAAGAGGCUCUUAGAAAAGCAACAGAAGUCUCCCAAACCAGCCGACGACAAGCCAUCGAAUCGGCGGCGGCGAUGAUGGAAGAGCCCAGAAAAGAGUCGCUGGAAGGAGGAGAUUCAAUGUCGUCGACGAACACAUUGACAGAGGAUAAUGUGUUUCACGAUACGGAUGACAUUACCAAUGCGGUUACGUCAUGGUCCGGCGACAAACUCGCAUGGCUCCAAACCUGGCGUCGUGUCAUCUCGCUCGUCGACCCGUAUACCAAUUCCAGUGCACACGUGGCAAUCGAUUGUCAACCUCCACCCCCUGGCCCAUUGGCUCGCGUGCCGUCUCGUUACCGUACCACCCAUCCUCCUCCCCAGAUGCGUUCCUGCCCUUUCCGCAAUCCUCAACGAAUCAGUCCGUCGUCCACCACCCCUCCUCUCGGCCAACAUCCUUCUCUGCUUCAUCCGCCUCAUGCAAUCCAAGAGCAACUUGUGGUCCCUGCAAUCUGUGGGCUCUCAGCCAGUGAACUCUCGAUAGUUGCUCCGCGAGCACUGGAGCAUCUGCCAAAAAUGCUGCGGGGCUCCAAGGACGGCAAAUCGAAGGAUUCCUUGAAACUCUUCGCAAUGCUCUCUAGCUCAUAUCCCGGAGCUGAACAGAUUCUUCUGGAGCAGCUAGUCCACACGGAGGUUGCCGAGAACGCGGUGGUCAUUGUGAAUACGCUAGCUACACUUAUCGUUCAAAAAGCGCAGAUUGAUUUGGUGCUCUCCGCGUUGAAAGUCAUCGAAACUCAUCAAUUUGCGAUGCGAUUGAUCCCGCUGUUUUGCAUGUCGAUCGCCGCGUUGGCACAGUUUUCGAGCACUACGUUGUUGCAGGCACUCCUCCGCGCGGCCUCCCUGCUCCGCGACGAACGCACUCGCACAGAAAUCGAGUGGCAAAUGGUCAAACUCUGCGUCCAAUGGCCUCAACCACAAAUGCCGCUAGUGAUACGUGGCAUUCUCGCCGAUCGUCAUAUGGUACUCCAUGGGGAAUUGGUGCAACUCGGCGGACAAUACCCCAUACGUGGAUUCGACGUCUCCAAAUGGAAUUCAACGGCGGCUGCGUUGCCAGCAAACGAGGACAAGAUGGUGUACAUUAAUCGGCAAUCGGCAAUUAUCUCAUUGGCUCGAAGGGACGCCGCGAAAUUUGAAAUUACAUCACGGACCGUUGUCGGACGACACAUUUGGGACCUGGAUACGUUGGAUACAACAAUGCCACGUCAUCAGACCCGCCAUGUGACGAAUUGGUUGCGAAAGGAGGCGUUGAAGGGGAAAAAGGCGGGACGGGAGAGUCAGGGGAUCCUAGGAGCGAUGGAUGAUCCGUUUGAUGACCUGCCAAGAGCACCGUCGUCAGCGUCGAAUGCGUCGUCGUCGAAACUUUCCUCUCCGGUCGAAGGCUCCGCCCAAUUCGCCUCAAUGAUCGAAACCUCCCGCCGUCAACCUCAACCGCUCGGCUCCCCCAACAAUAACAACGACAGUAACCCACCCGCAUUCCAACCCAACUCGAAACUUCUCGAAUGGCGUUCACUGUCUGCGUCUCUCGGCUUCGUGCCUCUCGUCUCACAAGUCCAUACGAAUUUCCUGCGAGAUUUGAAGCAUCUGGAUCAGACUUCUUCUCGAGAAGUACACAAAAUCGCUGUGAUUUAUGUUGGCGACACACAGGAGGAUCGCGCAUCGAUACUGUCGAAUACGGUAGCGUCGCCGCAGUUUGACGCGUUUGUUGGAGAGUUGGGAUGGGAGAUAAGGGUGGGUCGCGGCCACGAAGGCUACAACGGAGGUCUACCCGUCGAAACUCGUGCUCCGUACUACGCCGACGCCGAGUCCGAAGCCAUCUUCCACGUGUCGACGUGGCUGAAUGGAGACGUUCAACAGAAGUGGAAGCACAUCGGAAACGAUGAGGUGCAUGUGGUGUGGACGGAGAAUUAUCGAAAAGUCUACACUCGGGAGACGAUUGCCACGAAAUUCUGUGAUGUUCUGAUUGUGUUGGAGCACGUUGGGGAUAAGAUGGUACGAGUACGCGUCGACACGGCUUCAGCCCUGGAAUUUGGACCGCUUUUCGAUGGAGCACUCGUCACAAUGUCCGAAUUGUCGCAGUUGGUUCGGCUUACUGUGAUCAACGCGUCUCGUGCGUACCGUAUGGCUCGUGUGGAGCACUCCCGUCCGCUACGUCAUCGAGAAGAGGUGUUCUGCAACGAAGCACUGGGGCAUAUGCGCCCCAUGGCACUCGCCCAAUCGAUUAAUCAUUUAUAUGUGCCUACGAUUUGA